CGGGACGGGCCCUGCAGGCCCAUGUGGCUACGCAGUAUGCCACAGGGACACAGUGUUUUGGGGACACUUCAGCGUGCUGCUCCAGGAGCAGCAUUAGAGGAGUUAGCACAUCAAUGUUACUGGAAUAGCGGAGUAGAGGACAGCGGAGGCUGGGCUGGAGGGGACUUACCUGUUGCACCAUCACUGCAUCUACAUCACUGGCCACAGGGCCCUUGUCAGAUAUUGGACAGCUCAAGAUUACAUCUUUCUCUGUUGGUCAAGACUGGACUGUUGGUUCUCAAGAUGCAGCGAGAGUUCAUUGAUGUUGGUGGGUUUGGAUGGCUUUUAGGAAACGAUACAUCCAUGCUGAGGGAAAUAGUACCGAAUGUCCAAGCUCUAAUGGAGUCUGCGAGAGAGGCCAAUCUAACAAUCAUCCAUGUCAAAGAGAGCCAUAGAGAUGAUUUGAGUGAUGUUCCCCUUUCGAAGCUGAAGCGAGCCUUGAAGCAGUCGGCAGGCCGCACACGGUCAAUUGGAGAUCAUGUAAGUAGGAAGGCAGUGGCACAGGUGUUCCCAUUGGUGAUCAUUCUGCACUGCACUUCCGCCCAAUUCUGAUCAUGCUGCCCUGGGCCCCAAGUUGGUGUGAUCCUACUGCCGAGGAGUGGGUUUGUUUUUGCAUGUUUGUUUCCUUUCUUGUGUGCUGGCCAUGGCUCAUUUUAGUAUGGGUCGGAGCAAGCCAUGACCACCCAUUUGUAGGCCAUGUUGGGAGAUACCGGGGUUUAUAAGGUUUUCAUAUU